GGCAGAGAACCAUAAAAGGGCGAAGGUACAAGUGACGACAUCUUUCUUCUUUCUCAAGCAGGGAGUCGGUUGGUUUCCCUCCCUCCCUCAGGCCUGCCGUCGCUUCUAUGGGCUGUGCCGCCUACCACCCAUGCUCCCGCUGUGCUAUGAUAUCCAUCCUUCUGGCCUGUGAGCUGGUCCUCUUGCCGCUGACCGGAUCAUUCUGGCGUGAGGCCGAAUCAGCACACGCUAGCUAUGGCCAGUGGAGCUAUGGAAGGAUCGUAGUGAAGCAGCGCAUGGGUCUUCAAUUCUACACGGUGACCGUGGUGGUGCACAGGUGCAGUUCUGACGUUACGGCCUGCUUUGCACGGAAUGGUGUUCACUGCCGUGACAAGAGCGUCCAAGCGCCUCCAUUCGGCGACUCGGAGGUGGCCUUUGAGCAGUGCCACAUGGUGCUAUCGGAGGUAUCUGCCUUCAGCUCGUUCUGCUCGUCCUGGUCGUCUUACGGCCGUCUGCGUGACAAGGCGGCGGAGCGGGAUGACCACAAGAUGAAGGCGGCCUGGGACAAGAUGAAGUGGGCUGGCAUCCUUGUCUACUGGGCAUCGAGUGCGGCAUUCGCAUUGGCUGCAGCUGGGCUAGUAUGUGAAUGCCGCAAGCCGACCAAUCUGGCGACCGGCACCAUGAUAUCUGCGGCCUUUGUCUUGGUGCUUCUCGGUGGGGUUCUUUGGCGCGAUUGGCCUGGACACGACCUCUGCUUUGGAAACGGCGACAUGCACGGCGCCGAGUGCUCUUUGGGGUUCGCAGCGACAUGGUUUGGCAGGUCCUUCUACCUGUUCUCUUUCGGCGUGUUUCUCUAUUGGGGUGCCUUGGCGAAAGACACGCUGUCGAAGAGGAGGUCUUCCCUGCCGCCGCCUGUCCCAUUUCCGCAGCCUCCAGCUCAUCCACUGCCGGCUGUUGUGGGCAAUGUCACAAAGGACUCGACGGGGGGAGAUUGGGAAGGCGACAGCUGACACUGACACGUGAUGCGAUCGAUGUGUAUACCAAGACGGCCGGUUGACCAGCCAGUAUGUAGAUAGAUAGAUACGAUAGAUACGUGUUUGUUUGAUGAAUGAAGCUGUCUGUCUGUAUUUGGUCAAGAUGAGGGACUGCACUCGUGUCGUCUUGCCUGGUUGAUGGAUUGAUCGGCACAAUGUAGACUACUCUUUCGUCGGUCGUACGGCUGUGUUGCUGUCGCUCUCUCGCUGUGUGAUUUUUUGCGUCGUUUGGCUGCCUGCCUUGGCACAUACAUAGACAACGUGACCAUGCCUUUGUUUCGUAAGGAUGUGGCGUGAGGGACAAGGAAAAGCCCAUAUGCAUCGGCUGAAGGAUACACGCAUUGAGCUCGUCAAGCAGG